AUGUAUGAUAAAGAUUUUUUUCGCCAAUUCAAAGAUUAUUAUUUAAAAAAAGAAUUAUAUGGAUCAAACCCACCAUUAAAUAGAUAUCAACAUACACUCGCUAAUGAUGCAUAUAGUGUACCUCAAGCUGAACAAAUAAACAAUAGUACUUUAAUAAAUAGUGUAAAUAAUAAUAACUAUAUACCCAAUAACCAAAUUUAUCAUAAAAGUAACAAUGUAUCAAUUCAACAAAAUUUAAAUGAUAAUUUAGUAUCGCAAAUGGGAUUAGACUCAAUUAUACCAUAUAAUAUAAGUAAAUGUCCCUUUUGGAUAUCAUGGUCACCAGACAACUCAUAUUUAGCAUUGUCAACUAAUGAUUCAGUAGAUAUUUUCGAACCAAAUUCAGGUGAGUUGUUAUAUAGCAUUAAAGAUCAUAGACAAGUAGUAUCAAUGGUUUUAUGGUUAAAUGAAGGUCAUGGCGAAGUUGAAAAUGUAAAUAAUAUAUAUAAUAAAAGCAAAACAGUUAUAUUAAGAAAUCAAUUUAAUGAAGACUAUAAAGUACCAGGCGAAAUUAAAUCGAAAACAUCACAAUCAAAAUAUAGAAAUUCAUUAAUAUCACCCUACUCUUCAUUUUUAUCGUGCUCAUUAGAUCAUUCAAUUAAUAUAUAUAGAAAUUUCGAAUUGGUAACAUCAUUAACAGAACAUGAUGAUUGGUUAAAAUCAAUGGCAGUAACAUCAGAUUCAACAUUUCUAUUAAGUGGUUGUGCAUCAUCAACUAUUUGUGGAUGGGAUUUAACAAGAGGCAGUGUUAGAUUUAAAAUUGAAAAAGCACAUCCAGCAAGUGAUAGCACUGGCAAUUUAAAUACAGUAAAUAGUUUAAAGUUUAGCAAUUUUAAUAGCAAUGUGUUUGCAUCAGGCUCAAGAUAUGGUACAAUGCGUCUUUGGGAUAUUAGAGAAGGCUUCAAAACUCCAUUAUUCUCAAUACAAGCCCAUAACAAAUUAAAUCUUUUACACUUUACCAAAGACGAUAGACAUAUUUUAACCUCUGGAAGAGAUAAUGCCAUUCGUUUAUGGGAUAUAAGGGCGUUGGUUUCAUCACCAUCAACCAAAGUUGUUGGACUCAGUGGUAGCUAUGAAAAUCCUAGCGAAAGUAAUUCUACUGGCGGCAGUAAUGAUCAUACAAAGAUUGGUAUUGUUAGAGAGUAUCGUAAGCACAAGUGUGUCGGUUACAAUAUUGGGUGUUCAUUCAUCAACAACGAUAGACAAAUUGUUUCAGGUUCAGAGGAUCAACAGGUUUAUAUCUAUGAUACAGAUUCUGGCGAAGUAGUCAAAAAGAUUGCAUCACACCGUUCACCAGUUCACUUGGUUCCCGUAUGCAAUGGUGGUAGUGAAAUGAGAAUAGCUACAUCAAGUAUUGACGCAUGUGAUAUUCACAUUUACUCACCUCAAAUUAUUGAAAGUGAUGAAAAACUCACAUAUGCCAAUAAAUAUUUAGGUAUAAGGGCACCAAAAGAAGAAGAUGUAAUUCCACAAAUUAAAGUUGCACCAUAUUUACAAAGAGUUACAAUGGAAAGCCUUAUGCAAAGAUUUGGCGAUAGACUUUUCCAAUUUUAUCACAAGAAUAGAAUAUCACCAUCAGAAACUACAAAUCACGAAGAAUUUACAGAUUUAAAUAAACUCAUCGAAGAAGAAUUUAAAACACAACUUUUCGCAGAAGCUAGAAAGAUUGCAAGAAAACUAAAUUUAACAGAUAGAGAAUUUGUAGAUUUAAUUGCAAGGAACGCAAGCAUCGACGAUCCAUCAUUUUUUGAUAAAACAAUAGAUGAUGAUAAAAUUGAAAGAGAUGGUACCAUUGAUGAAAAACAAUUUGGCCCUUUGGUACAACAUUUAACACAUUUAAAUGCAGAUGGUGGUUCACUUUAUAGUUUUUCAGAUGAUGAUUUUUCAGGAAGCGAUAUUUCUGAAGACAAUGUUGAUGAUUCUGAAGAAAAUGUUGAUGAUUCUGACGACAGUCAAUCAGUUGGUUUCAAUUUAAUAGAAGAAAAUGGUAAUAUAAAUAUUAGUGAUUUUAGCAAUUCAGACAGUGGUGAUGAAGAAUAUUUCAGUGCCGAAGAAGAAAGUAAAGAAUUUGGUAAAACUUUUAAAUUUAAUUUCAAUUUUUCAGAUAAAAAUAAUAAUAAUAAUAACAAUAAUAAUAAUAAUAGUUCAGAUGAUGAUAGUAGUUAA